AUGGCCGCGUCCACCCUGUCCGUCUGCUCCAACGAUCUGAGCUACGGCAGCCGCGUCUGCCUGCCCGGCUCCUGGGACUCCUGCCCCGACUCCUCCUGGCAGGUGGACGACUGCCCAGAGAGCUGCUGCGAGCCCCCUUUUUGUGCCCCACCCUGCUGCACCCCCAGCUGUUGCCAGUCCAGCGGCUGCACCCCGGCCUCCUGCCUGACCCUCAUCUGCACCCCCGUGAGCUGCGGGUCCAGCCCCUGCCAAUCAGCCUGCACCAGCUCCUGCCGGCCCUCCUGCUGCAGCUCCUCCCCCUGCCAGGAGGCCUGCGGUGCGUCCAUCUGCCACACCCCUGUCUGCUGCAAGCCCCUCUGCUUCACCCCUGUCUGCUGCAAGCCCAUCGGCUGCACCCCUGUCUGCUGCGAGGCCUCCCCCUACUCAGCCCCCUCCUGCUGCCGGCCCAGCCCCUGCUCCUCGUCCUGCUGCAGACCCUCCUCCUGCGUGUCCCUGCUCUGCCGGCCCGUGUGCAGGCCCGCCUGCUGCGUGCCCGCCUCCUCCUGCCAGCCCAGCUGCUGCCGCCGGGCCUCCUGCGUGUCCCUGCUCUGCCGGCCCGUGGGCCCCCGCCAGGCCUGCUGUGUGCCCACCUCGGCCCAGAAGUCCUGCUGCUGA